GAACGACUCCGAGAGCGCGCGCGCGGCCCCUUCCCCCUGUCGGGUACGGCGGCCGGCGGCGGACACGCCAGCCAUGGACGCGAACGCGGAGGCGGGCGCCGCCGAGCUGGAGUGCGGCAUCUGCUACCUGCCCUACGACCGCCAGGCGCGCGCCCCGCGCCGCCUCGGGCCCGCGCACGGCGCCUGGCGCCGCCCCGCCCCCUGCCGCCACACGCUCUGCACCGCCUGCCUCUGCCGCCUGGCGCGCGACCAGGGCUGGGCGGCGGUCACGUGCCCCUUCUGCCGCACCCCCACCUCGCUGCGCGUGCGCAGCAGGGGCGGGGAGGCGGAGACGAGGAGGCGGAGCAGCAGCAGCAGCAGCCGGCGCCGCUUGGCCCUGCCCCCCGUCGAUCCCGAGCUCUGGAAGCGGAUUGGCCGGCCGGAAGGGGAGGAGGAGGAGGAGGAGCCUGGCGAUGACGUACCAGAGGAGGCGGGCCAAUCGUGGCUGUGGCGGGCGCUGAAGAGGCUCCUGAGAGGAGGCGGCGGCGGGCGCCGCAGUAGCGCGCGGGAGCGGCAGCCAAUCAGCCGCUACAGUCCAGAGAUGAAGGACCUCGCCCUCAUGACCUGCUACAUCAUGUGAGGCUCCAAGGGCUAGUCCCAAGAGCUGGGGCUGGCUGAUCGUCAAAAGGCUUUGAACACUCUUGGGAGAAACCAGCUCUUCCCCCUCUGCAGUGCUGGCUGCGCUUCCCCUCCGGGCAGGUAGUUACUGACAAACUGUCCAGUCUCAUCAGACUCCAUCAGCUCUAUGGGACUCUACCAUAGCACUGGAGCUAGUUCCUGGUUCUCAUUAACCUGCGGACAGAGAUUCACGAGGCACCCGAGAUUGACGUGAUCGCCUGCGGCCUUGACUCAUCGCUGCUUAUCUCCAUUGAAGCAGGGAGACUUGACAGGGGCUGUCGGGUCGAAUCCGCAGCAGUUGGCAGAGGUGUCCCUUCCAGGAGAUCUGACCACCUGUCACCGUGAGGCCUGGUGGCUGAUCAGUUUGGAAGCUGGCACCCCAAUAGCUUGUCUGGUUCUGACAUCUGCAGCCCCUGAAAUGCCUGCGUGUCUGGCUCUUCCAGUCUCCAGCCAGCGAUGCCACUGACCCACCUACCUACCUACCAGCAGAUACUGUAAAUAUCUCUGGUGAAAAGUCCUGUACGGGGAAAACCUGAACCUCAAGUAUUAACAGAUUCAGACAGCAAGGUUAAGUCUGCGUGCUAACGAACUCGUUAAAAAUACCUUCUCAAACCCGUGACCUCUUGGCAAAUCCCAAAGAAAAGCCUAUUGCUGUGGUGGUGGUGCCAAAUUAUCUGCCGACCCUUAUCCUUUACCAUUGCACAAGUUAGCAGCCCAAUCUGCAGGCCGAAUUCCUGUCUGGCCCCAGUUCCACAGUGCUGCAUGUGACUAUAUUGCAUGAGGCGAGGGUUUCAGACGAAGAGGCUGGCUUCUUGGUGCUCUCUGCUAUUGUAGCAUUUCUGUGAAAUGAAUUUCAAUAUGGAAGGGUUUGAAAUAGCGAAUGUCUGCAUCUGUUGUCUUUAAUAUUUGACUAUUGUAACAUAUAUUUAAUUUUAAUAAAUCCUGAGAUGUCAAUGCUCA